CUUAACCCGUUUCCGUCCCGUUCCGGCCGCGCUCCGGAUAUGACUCGUUGUCGGCGCGGCCGCUUUCCGGCUGUGAUAUCCGGGAGCCGGCGCCCAUGAAGGCUCGGCAGCAGCGGAGCGCCUGAGGGGGUUCGGCGGCCGCCGCCAUGUUCGGCUGCCUGGUGGCGGGCAGGCUGGUUUCCAUGAUCCUGGGGUUGUGCCAGCCAAGGUGGUCAACAGCCACUGCUUAUAGACUUGGCAACCUCUUCUGCACCCUAUUUUCCUCCUACGCACAUGGGGAGCGAAGGUACAAGCAGCUCCCCAGCAAGUGGCCGAAGACAAGUUUGUAUUUGAUAUACCGGACUAUGAAAACAUCAAUCACAUAGUGGUCUUCAUGCUGGGAACUAUACCAUUUCCAGAUGGAAUGGGAGGAUCUGUCUAUUUUUGUUAUCCAGACCAGAAUGGGAUGGCAGUGUGGCAGCUGCUGGGGUUUGUCACUAAUGAGAAGCCAAGUGCCAUCUUCAAGAUUUCUGGUCUGAAAUCUGGGAAGGGAAGUCAACAUCCCUUUGGUGCCAUGAACCUCCCCCAGACACCCACGGUGGCCCAGAUUGGAAUCUCAGUGGAACUGCUGGAGAACCUGGCCCAGCAGACUCCUGUUGCAAGUGCUGCCGUGUCAUCAGUAGAUUCUUUCACAGAGUUCACUCAGAAGAUGUUGGACAACUUCUAUAACUUCGCUUCCUCGUUUGCUGUUACUCAGGCACAGAUGACCCCAAACCCCUCUGAAGCUUUCAUUCCUGCAAAUGUAGUCCUGAAAUGGUAUGAGAACUUCCAGAGACGUCUGACACAGAACCCUCUCUUCUGGAAAACAUAAGCUGACACUGUGUCAUUUGAAGCGCUUUCCAAACAGUGUUACCAGAAGGAUAACAGCAGCAGUAACUCAUUGAAGAACUUUUGGGAAAGGAAACAACAAACGAUUACUCCAGAGAGACAAACCUGGAUCAUUUGUAUUACUCUUGGAACUUAUUUAAAAUGAAAAUCAAUGAAAACUGCUUGCCUGCGUUGGGGUUUUUUAACUGAAGCGCUUGGUUGCAAUAAACCACUGUUCCAUGUGCAUGUGUAGGAAUACUCUCUUGAAACUGCAUUUGAAGUGGAAGAAAAUAUAAGAUUAAAAACAGAAGCAGUGUUUUGUA